AUGUACCUGACUUGCCUAGAAACGUUCAUAUUGCGCCUUGGAUUCCACAAGUCAAUGUUUUGGCGCACGCAAACUGUUAAUUAUUUAUUACACAUGGAGGUUUAUUGGCAAUGCUCGAAACAAUACAUUUCGGCGUUCCAAUUAUCGGUAUACCGCUAUUUGCGGAUCAACAUCUCAACUCUUCUUACGAAACUAUCUUCAACCGUCAAAUCGCUGCCAACAUUGAGCCUGCAAUCAGAGAAAUGUUAUACGAUGACCGAUUUCAAAAAAAAG